GAAGAUCUCUGGUAGCGGCCGGGUAGCUCCGCUGUGUAAAGGCAGCGAGGAGACGACCGACCGGCGGGGGAGACUUAGGCUGCAGGCAAAGCGAAGGAGAGAGGACAAGAGGGAGUUUGGGCUGCGUCCCGUGUUUGGAAGCCGCAAACCCCGAUUCCUUCGCUCCUCUUUGACGUAACACGGGCUCUCGUGCAACGUUUUUAAAAAAGGACAAGAGCCCCCCUCGCAUUUUAACGGCCAACUUACGGAUACUUCUUUUGAACUCUCUGAACAACCGUCGUGUGGAAGUGGGAAGGAACUAAGGAGACGAGUUUGAGGACGGACGGUGGGAUUUAAACAACAUAUCCAGCAGCAGUGCUGACUUGCGACAAUAAGAGGAUAUUUUGAGGGCUUCAUUACGAGUAACAUUGAAAGGGCCCGACUUGGGCUACGUUUGACAGACACGGUGACCACAUGACAAGGGGACUCUUUGAAGAAAAUUGCGAUGAUGACAUUUAGCAGUAAAGCGAAGGAACGUUCACUUCGCUAGCCAACGGGCUACUUGGCUAAGGUAGCAAGCUGCUAACUAAGCCUGUGUCGCCCUUUGCAUUCCCGGAGCAGAGGAGGGGCACCGGGGCUUUGUAGCAUUGCGGAUCUGCCUCGCAUAUUUUGCUGGCUUCAAGCACGAAUGAGGAAUCCCGAAUGUGCGCCACAUCAACUCGGGGGAAACUGUUAAACUGUAACGAGAGGAUCUUUUUCCAUUUUUCUUUGCAGCGUCCAAACCAACCGUCCUGGGGCAGCUAGGCUAUGUUUCUGGGACUACUAUACUUUUCUCUUUUGCCCUGCGGCGAUCAGGAAUGUUAACAUGGGGAGCUGCUGCACCCCGUAUGCACUCAAAAUGUGGAUUUCUGAGCAAAGAUCAUGAGUAAAUCGACGAUACGGCGACUUACUUGCAGCUGAAAGUUUGUAAUUCUUAUUUUCGAUACAUAUUCACCGUGAGAUAGAACUUUUUCACUGGACCGUUGGAGCCCUUCCACUACUUUUUCGUCUUUUUACUUAUUAAAGCCAAUUGGACUAUUCAAGCAUGUCGGGAGAGGUGCGUUUGAACGAGCUGGAGGAGAUGAUUUUGGACGGGCCCUCCAGGUCGAAUGGCCAGUGUUUUAGCGUGGAAACCCUGCUGGACGUCCUGGUUUGCCUCUACGAUGAGUGCAACAACUCUCCACUCAGAAGGGAGAAGAAUAUCAAGGAGUUUUUGGAAUGGGCCAAACCCUUUACAUCCAAAGUGAAGCAAAUGCGGCUGCACAAAGAAGACUUUGAAAUCCUCAAAGUGAUUGGACGAGGAGCUUUCGGAGACGUAGCUGUUGUGAAGGUGAGAAAUACAGAAAAAGUAUUCGCCAUGAAGAUUCUUAACAAAUGGGAGAUGCUGAAACGAGCAGAGGUGGCAUGCUUCCGGGAGGAGCGAGACGUGUUGGUAAAUGGGGACUCGCAGUGGAUUACCACCCUUCACUAUGCCUUCCAGGAUGACAACAAUUUGUACCUUGUCAUGGACUACUAUGUGGGUGGUGAUCUGCUCACUCUAAUCAGUAAAUUCGAGGAAGGAAUGCCCGAGGAUAUGGCCAGAUUCUACCUGGCAGAGAUUGUACUUGCCGUCGACUCUAUUCACCAGCUUCACUACGUUCACAGGGAUUUAAAGCCCAACAAUGUUCUAUUGGAUAGGAAUGGCCAUAUCCGCUUGGCUGACUUUGGUUCCUGUCUCAAACUCAUGGAGGAUGGAAUGGUCCAGUCAUCUGUGACUGUGGGGACCCCAGAUUAUAUUUCCCCAGAGGUCCUCACGGCCAUGGAGGAUGGGCAGGGCAGGUUUGGACCCGAGUGUGAUUGGUGGUCCAUGGGAGUCUGUAUGUAUGAGAUGCUGUCUGGAGAGACUCCCUUCUAUGCAGAGUCUCUUGUGGACACAUAUGCCAAAAUCAUGAACCACAGGGAGCGAUUCCAGUUCCCACAAAAGUUAAUGGAUAGUGUUACAGAGGACGCAAAGGACCUAAUACGUCAACUCAUUUGCAGUCGAGAGUACCGUUUAGGACAGAAUGGAAUUGAAGACUUUAAGAACCAUCCAUUUUUUUCAGACAUCGACUGGGACAAUAUCCGAUCGUGUGAAGCCCCUCACAUCCCCGAGGUCAGCAGUCCAACAGAUACAUCUAACUUUGAUGUGGACGAUGACUGUCCUAAGAACCCAGAGACCAUGCCUCCUCCUUCUCACACUGCCUUUUCUGGCCAUCACUUGCCCUUUGUCGGUUUCACCUACACCAGUAAAUGCAUAAUAUCUGAUCGUGGUUGCCUGCGGCAGCUGUCAGAACUAGCAGAUGACGAGGGACAGGAAGAACUGGACAAAGAUGUCCAGUGCAGCCUUCAGAACAGCCUUGGCACAGAAGCCUACGAGAGGAGGCUCCACUGCCUGGAACAGGAGAAACAAGAGCUAAACCGCAAAAUUCAAGAUUUGACUAAGACAGCUCAAGAAUGUCAGCAGCCACCUGGUGAAGGCUCUUUGAGUGGAAACAAGGAAGUGGAGCUCAGUAGACUAAAGUCUGAGAUUGACCUCCUCAAGAAGCAAGUCACUGACACAAGCCAAGACGCGAUUAUGGCUCGUCGAGACCUAGAGGACUCGUCUAAACAUAUAAAGAAGUUAGAGAGACAAAACAAGACUCUAACAACAGAAAAUGAUGAGCUGAAGAAGGACAUUGUGCUAUACAAUGACAUGCUGAAAUCACAGGGAAACGAUCUGAAAGAUGCUCAAAACCAGAGAAAAAUGACCAUGCGAGAGUUUUCUGAACUCAACAAGACCCUCUCAGAUGUCAGGUUGGAAAAGCAAAAACUUACUCGCCAGCUGCGUGACAAGGAGGAUGAAAUGGAAAGACAAAAUCAGAAAAUGGAGGCUCUACGCCUUGAUAUGCGAAAGUCUGAGAAAGCCAAGAAAGAGAUGGAGACUCAGAUGGAGGAGCGCGCCGCAGAAGCGCUUAAGGAGAGGAGGUUAAAAGAACGUAAUGAAUUGGAAAGGGUGAAGGUAAAACCAUUUAGCACAUUUGCCACCACAGCCUCCCCUGAACAAUCCCAGGAGGUGGGACGUCUGCGGGGUGACCUGGCAAAGAAAGCCCACCUGUACGAAGAGGAAAUAGCACGUCGGCAGGCACAACACAGCAAUGAGUCGAUGGCGUUGCGCAAGGAGCUACGUGAUGCCGAGAGCCAGCAACUUAGCCUCCAGAAAGAAAUCCUGAUGCUCCAAGACAAGCUAGAGAAGACUCGAAGAGAGAGUCAAAGUGAACGGGAAGAGUUUGAGAACAAUUUCAAGGAAAAGUUUGAAAGGGAAAGAGUUCUGCUGACUGAAGAAAAUAAAAAGCUGUCCAGUGAAUUGGAUAAGCUGACUAGCAUGUUUGAGAAGGUGAGUGACUCCAAUCGGCGGCUUGAGGAUGAGAUGAAGGAGCUGGCUGACAAAAAGGAGAGUGUUGCUCACUGGGAGGCUCAGAUCACAGAAAUCAUUCAAUGGGUGAGUGAUGAAAAAGAUGCUCGCGGCUACCUGCAGGCGUUGGCCACGAAGAUGACAGAAGAACUGGAGGGUCUGAGAAACACCAGUCUUGGAGCGAGACCAACGGACAUGCCUUGGAAAAUGCGUCGCUUUGCCAAGUUGGACAUGUCGGCCCGUCUAGAGCUGCAGUCUGCCUUAGAUGCUGAGAUCAGAGCCAAACAGGGCAUUCAGGAUGAGUUGAACAAGGUCAAGGCUACCAACAUCUCUAGAGAAUGUAAACUGCAGGACAUAGAAAGUAGAAAUCAGGAGCUCGUAUCUGAGAUCGAAAGACUGAAAAAAGAGAACGAGGAGCUGCGGUUACGUAGAGGUGUCAAGCACCAGGAUUCCCAGAAUUCUUUCUUGGCUUUUCUCAAUGCCCCCACUUCAACACUUGACCAGUUCGAUGACUCUUAUUCCUCUUCCUCAUCUUCUUUAAUUGAGUUUUGGGAAGACCGUUCGCCCUCAGUUGGCCCAACUAGCAAAGGCAGACGUGUGGAAUCAAUGGAUAAUUUCACCUCCCCCAACACGCCAUCCCGGGACGAAGAACAAAAGUCCCACUUCAAGACCCGCUCACGUUCGCCCUCCACAGCCAGUGAUAUGGAGCCCAUAGAGUUAAUAGAUCAUUCUCCUCAUGCAGUCCAGACCCCCACUAUGCGUUCAGGAGGAUAUGGCAGUAUCGGCCGCUCUUCCCCUAAGCCAAAAGCACAUCAGUUUGUAGUGAAGUCAUUCAGUACGCCCACUAAAUGUAACCAGUGCACUUCCCUCAUGGUGGGACUUAUUCGCCAGGGUUGCACCUGUGAAGUGUGCAACUUCUCCUGCCAUGUAACCUGUGCGGACAAGGCACCAGCAGUCUGUCCCGUUCCACAGGAUCAGACUAAAGGACCACUCGGCAUUGAUCCUCAACGGGGCAUUGGUACUGCAUAUGAAGGCCAUGUCAGGGUGCCUAAACCCACAGGAGUGAAGAAGGGUUGGCAAAGGGCAAUGGCAGUGGUGUGCGACUUCAAACUGUUUCUCUAUGAGUUAGGUGAAGGAAAGAUAACACAGCCAAGUGUGAUUGUAAACCAAGUCAUCGAUAUGAGGGAUGAAGAUUUUUCAGUCAGCUCUGUUUUGGCCUCGGAUGUCAUACACGCCAGCCGCAAAGACAUCCCUUGCAUAUUCAGAGUAACGGCGUCCCAGCUCUCCCUAUCUGGCAGCCACAAGCCAUCCAUCUUGAUUCUAGCUGAUAGUGACCAGGAGAGGAACAAGUGGGUGGGUCUUCUAAAUGAGCUCCACCGCAUCCUCAAGAAGAACAAGCUCAAGGAGCGCUUCGUCUACGUUCCCAAGGAAGCUUACGACAGCACGCUGCCACUCAUUAAGACUACACAGUCUGCUGCUAUCAUUGAUCAUGAGCGUGUCGCUCUGGGCAACGAAGAAGGCCUCUUUGUCAUCCACGUCACCAAAGAUGAAAUCAUUCGGGUGGGCGACAAUAAGAAGGUGCACCACAUUGACCUGAUCCCACAGGAGCAGCUGCUGGCUGUCAUUUCUGGAAGGAACCGCCACGUCCGACUUUUCCCCUCGCAGGCCCUAGACGGUCAUGAGAUCGAGUCUUUUAAGCUCGUAGAAACUAAAGGCUGUCAGACGAUUGUUUCCGGAACGGUCCGAAAUGGCUCGCAAACGUGUCUCUGUGUGGCUAUGAAGAGGCAAAUCAUGUGUUAUGAGGUGAAUAAAAGUAAAGUCCGCCACCGUCGGCUACGGGAAUUGCAGGCUCCAGGGAUUGUCCAAUGGAUGGGUCUGCUCAAUGAGCGGCUCUAUGUGGGCUACCAGUCUGGCUUCACCCGAUACAGUGUCCACGGUGAUGUAUCGCCAGUAAGCCUCCUCCACCCUGAGGAUCACACCCUGGCAUUCAUCCCGCAACAGAACCUGGAUGCCCUUUGUGCGGUGGAGAUCUCAACCAAGGAGUUGCUGCUCUGCUUCAGUGCCAUCGGCGUGUACGUGGACUCUCAGGGUCGCAGGUCACGCCAACAGGAGCUCAUGUGGCCUGCUGUGCCAAACGGGGCCUGCUACAAUGCCCCUUAUCUGUCGGUGUACAGUGAGAAUGCAGUUGAUGUUUUUGAUGUCAACACCAUGGAGUGGAUUCAGACUAUCCCACUAAAGAAGGUGCGACCUAUGAAUGUCGAUGGCUCUCUGAAUCUGCUGGGGCUGGAAACAGUGCGGCUCAUCUACUUUAGAAACAAGACUGCUGAGGGCGACGAGCUGGUCGUCCCGGAGACGUCAGACAACAGCAGGAAGCAGAUGGUUCGCAGCAUGAACAAUAAGAGACGCUUCUCCUUCAGGGUGCCAGAGGAAGAGCGACUUCAGCAGAGGAGAGAGAUGCUACGGGAUCCUGAGAUGAGGAACAAGCUGAUCUCCAACCCCACAAACUUUAACCACGUCGCUCACAUGGGACCAGGGGACGGGAUACAGAUUCUCAAAGACCUGCCUAUGAAUGUCCGCAUCCCGGAGAGCCGCGCAGGCUUCAGCGGUUCUGUCAGCAUCCCCUCCAUCACCAAAAACAGGGCCGAGCCUGGCCGUUCCAUGAGCGCGAGCAGUGGGCUGGGCAUACGCCCACCUUCGCAGAACGGCAGUGCCCUGCGUCGAGAACUGUCCGGCGGCAGCUACGGGUCCAAGCGGCAAGCCAUGACGUCGCCCUCGGAGAGCUCCCUGUCCUCAGGCGGGGGCAUGGACUGCGUGGAGGCGCCCCUCUCUCAGUUUGACAGAGAGUGGCAGGCCGUUUCGCCGUCGGAGAAGACCCCCGAUCUGAAAAGGGCUUUAAGGACCUUGCUUAGUAAGAUGAAGGACUCCGACUCCCCCCGCCACUCGACGGCCUCUAACAGCUCAACCUUCAGCAGCCCCCCCAGCCCGGCGUCCCCUCACAAGACCAAGUCCUUGUCCCUGGAGAGCACUGAGCGCCCGGGCUGGGACACAUGAGCACAGGAUUGGUCUUCCCCCUCCACCCUUUUCUGUGCCCACACAACUGUACCUCUUUACAGCCCCCACAGGUGUUUUUUUUAAAGGCUUCCUUCUUUUUCGCACCAACUCGCGCUCCCCCGCCUCAUUCAGAUGCAAAGACGGAAAGAAAAAAAAAUUGUAUUUGUACAUACAAGCCUUUUGCGUUUUAGGGGGCAAUAUUUUAAUUUAUUUAUCAAUCUUAGAGUAGAACCAUUAGGUUUGCGUGCACCCCACGCCUCGUCUUCCACCACUACAACCGAGCUGCAAACUUUGCUAACACUAAACUUCCCACUAAAAGUGCGGCGACUUUAUUGUCCGUUUUCCCUCCAAAAUAAAGGACGUCGUCUUCCCAGCGCCACAAUAAUGUACAUAAGUUCAAAGUAGAGAGUAAUAUAUGAUAAGGAAAUACUAUAGAGAACUACACGGGGAAAAUCGACUUUUAUUUUCCUUUUAUUCUCGAGUGAUUUGGGGGUUUUAUUCGCACGGACGGAAUUCAUUUUUUAAAAUUUUUGUUUUAUUGAUGGACUUGUGUUGUUCUGUUGUUCGCCUCCUCCCCAUUUGGAUUUUCAUUUGAGUGAUGAACACACACACAAGCAUAGACAUUAAGUUGCGUCGAACGUGUGCAAGUUAGAGCGAGCUCCGAGUACUGAUUUCAAUCUACAUUCUGAACAAAAAAAAAAAAAAAGAAUAUUUGGGCUUUUUAUUGACUUUUGUUACAGUCGAUGCUUGUAUUGAAUGUUUGGAUCAUUUCACCUCCCCAACAUAAAGAAAACAAUGCUUUUUUUGUAUAAAAAUACCUACUCGCAAAUAGGGGUGUGACAAUACAACCCCUUGCAAAAAGUUUGGAAUCACCAGUCUCGGCUGAGCGCCCACUCAGAUAUUUUAUUAUGUACAACAAACUCUGAUAAAAGGCUUGAAAAAAUAAUAAAUUAGUUCAAAAGUGCAACUCUUUACCAUUCCGAAACACUAAAAGAAAUGAAUAAAAAACAUUGUGGAGGUCAAUAAAUCUUACUUUUAUAGCAAAAGUGCAGGGAAAUAAAUAUAGAAUCAAUCCAUUCUGAGGAAAAAUAUAUGGAAUCAUGAGAAACAAACAAAGAAAUAACAAUAAAAACACAUCUCUAGUGUUUAGUUGCACCACCUCUGGCUUUUAUGACAGCUUGCAGUCUCUGAGGCAUGGACUUGAUGAGUAUUCUUCAUCAAUUUGGUGCCAACUCUCUUUGGUUGCAGUUGCCAGAUCAUCCUUGUAGGUCGGAGCCUUGCUGUGGACCAUUUUUUUUCAAUUUCCACCGCAUGUUUUCAAUAGGGUUGAGAUCUGGACUAUUUGCAGGCCAUGGCAUUGACUGGAUGAGUCUUUCUCCAAGGAAUGCUUUAACAGUUUUAGCUCUGUGGCAUGAUGCAUUGUCAUCUUGGAAAAUGACAAAUAUAUUUUCAAUUGAAGGGAUAAGAAAGCUGUCUAAAAUUUCAAUGUAAACUUGUGCAUUUAUUGAAGAUUUAUCCACAGCCAUCUCUCCAGUGCCUUUGCUUGACAUGCAGCCCCAUAUCAUCAAGGACUGAUCAAUUUUGAUGUUUUCUUUAGGCAGUCAUCUUUGUAAAUCUCACUGGAAUGGCACCAAACAAAAGUUCCAGCAUCAUCACCUUGUCCAAUGCAGAUUCUUGACUCAUCACUGAAAAUAGCCUUCAUCCAGUCAUUCACAGUCCACAAUUGCCUCUCCUUAGCGCAUUGCAGUCUUGUUCUUUUCUGUUUAAGUGUCAAUGAUGGUUUCCUUUCAGCUUUCCUGUAUGAAAAUCCCAUUUCAUUUUGGCGAUUUUGCACAGUUCUAUCACAUACCUUGACUCCAGCUUCCUCUCAUUUCUUCAUUUGUCUUGUUGUACAUCAUUUGUUUUCAAGACAUAUGCCCCUAGUUGUUUGUCAUGAAAUUUGGAUGUCUUCCUCGGUCUACCAGUACGCCUAACUCAGUGGUUCUUAAUCUUACUCCAGGUACCGAACCCCACAAGUUUCAAAUGUGGAUUCACCUAACCCUUUGGAAUUAGAUAAUCAAGCUUUUUUUUUCAAAUUGAAAACCAACAUAUCUAAGCUAGCAAGCUAAAAAUUUAGCAAAUUCCCAUUCAAAAUUCUUCUAAUUUUGACAGCAUGUUUUCUAAACAGGUCAAAAUUGGAGACCACGCAGCCUAUUGGUCUGUUGUAUUCCCUCAUACCAAGUGCGAGUCAACCUUUUUUUCUGAUGAAAAAACAGAGACAUUUAGCUUUUUGUGAAAGCAUUCGUUUCAAACAUAACUUUGACUUUAACACAGCUGUUUUUUUGCUUUAAUUACAUCCCAAACAUCUGAAUGUUUUCCUUUUACAAAAUAACAUAACAAUACAAAUAGAGCUUUUGAUAGCAACGUAAUAAUUGAUUUACACAUAACUGACUGAGAGAUGACGCUGUUUUUGAAAUUUUCCCUCAUCGCCAGCUGUCUCAUAAAGAUGGAUUUUUUUGAGUCUCUGCGGGGCCUGCUCAGCCAGCAGCACGGACUCAACGGCAUCGUCCGCUGCACUGGUGGUCUCGGUCGUUCUGCUUGGUCGUCCGCCGCCUGGCAUCCUGGACGCCAUUCAGUCGUCUUCCGCCAGCGCCCCCGGCCGUUCGUUGCCGUUGAAUCGGGUCUUACCAAAUGCGCUACUGCCCUCCAGUGGCCAGUUUUAUUGCUUUAAAGUGGAUUUUCAGCUUUGUGCUUUGGAGCUAAAUUGAAUCAGAACCCACUGAUGUCUCUUGUUUAAAAAAAUUUUUUUAAAAAACAAAACAUGUAUAAAUAAGUCUUCAGGACACUGAAACAAUUAAAAAAUAGAACAUAUUUAUAUGUUUUGGGGAGCAAAUGAGUUAAGAAUGCAUUAAAAACAUUAGCUCAAACAAAAACCUAGCUUACGUUGGACUUAACAGGGAGCAGUUGGAUUCAGCCAUGUGAAAACAGGCAGACCACAGGGCAGUGUAUCCACCCUCAUCAAUAAAAGUAAAUGCAAACACUUUCAAAAUAAACCAUUACGACGCCACUUUAACUCAUUCACUCCCAGCCAUUUUCACAGGAGCAACCCCCUUCGCUCCCGGCCGUUUUACUGGAUUUUGCCUGAUUUUGCAAGGCCCACAGAAAAUUCUGUUCUAUUGCUAUAUAAAGAAAUAUUAGACUCUCUUCUUUCAGCAGGAAAAAAAAGUAAGUCUUUUUCCAUUCUUCAGAAAUCAGCAUUAGAAAAUAGCUUAGUUUGAGCAAUUUUCCAAUUUCUGAUGAAAAAACAGAAAUUGAGCUUUUUGUAAAAGCAUACAUUUCAAACAUAACUUUGACUUUAACAGCUAUUUUUUGCUUUUGUGUCAUCCCAAACAUCUGAAUAAUGUUUUCCUUCUACAAAACGACAUAAACAACAAGACAAAUAGAGCUUUUGAUGGCAAAGUAACCAUUUAUUUACACAUAACUAAACUAUUGAAGUGAGAAAUGACGCUGUUGUAGCCGUGGCUGUCUCGGCAGACGUAGUAAACUUUUCCCUCAUCACCGUUUGUAUCAUCAAGAUAGAUUUUUUUGAAUCUUUCUUUGACGUUUGUGUCGUUUUCUUUCCAAAAACACUCCUCCAAUGUCAUUUGCCUUUUGUUUUCCAUCGUUCUCCACAUUUUUCUCACGCUUCCUUCUUCAGAAGGUUCCUCCAACUUCCGUUUCCUGACUGUUUUUCUUCACUUCCUUUCUUGAUCCUAGAUGAGUUCUUACCUAAUGAACCUUACUAAUGAGGCGCUAGUGCCCUCCAGUGGCCAGUUUUAUUGCUUUAAAGUGGGUUUUGAGCAUUGUGCAUUGUAGCUAAGUUGCAUUAGAACCUAGAGAUGCCUCUUGUAAAAAAAAAAAAAAAAUUUUUUUUUUUUAAACGUAAAAGGCGCAUAAUUACGUUUUUGGGACACUGAAACAAUUAAAAAUAGAACAUAUUCAUACAUUUUAGGGAGCAAAUGAGUCAACUGCUGACUUUUUUCUUCAGAAUGGAGUGAUUCUACAUCUAUUUCCCUGCACUUGCUCUAUAAAAGUAACAUUUUCAGACCACCACAAUUUUUUUAAAAAAAUUUCUUUUAGUCUUUCUGAAUGCCAAAGAGUUGCACUUUUGAACUAAUCCAUUGCUUUUUCAAGCUUUUUAUCUGACUUUGUUCUACAUAAUGUCUGAGUGAGUGCUCGUCCGAGACUGGUGAUUCCAUACUUUUUGCUAGGGGUUGUAUAACAAAAAACUAGCCCCAAAGGUUAGCGAUAUGCUACCAGCAAGAAUCGAUAUACCGUAUCGACCCGUAAAUCCCCCAAAAGGAAAAGGAAGUGACUGAAAAUCAACUGGAAUGAUGUGAAAUGCCCCAAAUUUAACUCAUUGCCUGGCAAUUGGCUGCUACUGACAGCCAUAGACGUCCAAUCCGUUUGUAGUGGGAGG